AUUGAAAACAUGGCGGACGAACACGGACGGAAAUGGGACCGGUGUCUUGCUGAUACAGCCGUGAAAACAGUUACUGGCCUCGGCGUGGGCAUCGUGUUCUCUGUCCUUUUCUUUAAACGUCGCACAUGGCCUGUCUCCCUUGGUUCAGGUUUGGGACUGGGCAUGGGAUUAGCCAACUGCCAGCAUGACUUGAGGUCACCAUAUGUGAUUCAUGGCCGCAUGGUUAAGGACCAGUAGUGAAGGACUAAAGAUGAGGAGGAUUUGCCAUGAAGAUUCUCAUCUGCUUUUAUGUUGCCCUUGUUAUUUUGCUGCUCAUUUCUGUCCUGGCACUAAUGUCCAAUGUUGCCCACAUUGUGUCUAUCAAAGAGCAGUCAGUGUAUAUUUAAUAAAGUAAUUAUGUAAAACUCU